GUUGAUUGCCAUUUGAUUACAAACCACCACACCAGUUCACCAGAAAUUGCUCGAAAUCUGACACAUUAUUUACUUCCUUUAUUUUUGUUGUGUCACCAAAAACAGGAGGAUAAAUUAUUUUUUGCUCAACAUCAUCAGGCAUCACAAUUUAAAAUAAAAAAUUUGCUUUAAACUACAAGUGAAUAAGUGAUUUUUGAAGUUGUCAAUUUUUAAAAAGUGAAAAAUACAUUAACGAUGAAUCCAAAUGAAGUGAUUACAACCAAUUCGGAUUUCGCUGAAUUGACUGAACGUGAAUACGUUGUUUAUCCAUCGAUACCAAGAGAUUCACCAAUAACUGAAUUUUAUGCUGGAAAAACGGUGUUUUUAACGGGACCGACUGGAUUCUUGGGUCAGCUUUUGCUCGAAAAAUUGCUACGGAUAGGCACAAAACACAUAUAUGUGUUGAUGCGUUCGAAAAAGAAUCGCGAUUCGCGUGAACGACUUGAAAAAGUGUGCAGAGGACCAGUGUUUCAGCAUUUACAUAAACAUGUACCAAACUUUUUGGAUCGAAUCGAAAUUAUUACGGGUGAUUUGAGUCAACGACAACUUGGCAUUCACGACAAUGCAAUUUUAACGAAACUCAAAGAAAAUGUUGAAAUCGUAAUUCAUGCUGCUGCCGAUGUUCGUUUUAACGAACCAUUGUACAAUCUAAUAUGGUGCAAUUUGGUGGGAACACGGGAUUUACUUGAAUUAUCAACGAAAAUGAAAAAGUUACAGGUAUUCGUGUACAUGUCAACGGCAUUUUCCAACACAAAGGCGAAUUCAAAGAACCAUAUGAAGGAAGAAUUUUAUGAACCGCCGAUGAAUGCUGAUAUUUUAAUCGAUUUCGUUGUAAUGCAUCAAUCGGAAAGUGAUAAAGAAAUGCUGAAUAUAAUUGCACCAAAUUUAAUUGAACCGUGGCCCAAUAAUUACACAUUUUCAAAAGCACUGAGCGAAUCAAUGGUUCGACGAUACGGCAUCCAUUUUCCAAUUGCAGUGAUUCGACCAACUAUUGUAAUCUCAACUUUCGCCGACCCAAUUGUUGCAUGGACGAAUUCGUACGGAGGAAUGAAUGGUGUUGUGGCAGGCAUUGGCGGUGGUCUGCUGCGAAAUUUAUUUUAUAAAAGCGUCGAGUUGAACAUCGUGUGUGCUGAUUUUUGUACAAAUGGCGCUCUUGCAAUUGCAUGGCAUACAUUCAAUGAAUACGGACGUACACAAUUCGAGGCGAAAAUCUAUCAUAUUAAUCGCGUUAGCGAUUCAGCAUUGAUAUUUGAUAAUACUGUGAGUUAUUUAGUGGAAUGUGGCCGAAAAUUGGUAGCUCCAAUGAACUGCGUAUGGUAUCCCGUUUGUCAAAAGACCUACAGUGAUUUGCACGAUAACUUACUCAUCAUACUCUAUCAAGCGAUCCCGUCGAUGAUUAUGGACCUAUUCAUUAAAUCAAAGUACAAGUUAACACCAAUUGUUCGUAAGAUGUUGAUGUUUUCCGAUGUCAUCAAAUUUUUCAUUCAUAAUGAGUUUGUGUUUGAUAACGACAAUCUAUUUAACGUAAUAGAUAGGAUGACGGAAUAUGAUCGAAAAUAUUAUAUUUGUGAUCCGCGCAUUGUUGACUGGAAAAAAUACUACGUUAUCUAUGUGAUUGGCGCUCGUAAACAUUUAUUGGACGAUUCAUUCGAUAACUAUAAACAAGCGUAUAAACGUAUGCAUCUCCUGAAAUACUUACACUAUUCAGUUAAAUACACAUUUAUUGCGGUCAUUUUGUUUAUUUUUUACAAACUAUUCUUGAAAAAGUACCUAAUGUAAGACAAUAAAUUAAUGGUGUAGAUAGAGAAUUUGCAAAAAGGAAUGUCACCUUGUAUUAGCAAUUAAUUAAUUUUUAUAAAAUAAAGCAUUCAAGGCAGAUGGAAGAA